AUGGAUGCGCCUCAUACUCCAGGAAACCGUUUCCGUUCAGGCAUUCCGUUGGUACUUGCGAUUCUUUCACGAUUUGGCCAGUUUCUGGAGCAUACGAUCACUCGUCAAUGGCUGAAACAUCGCGAUAAACUCAAAAUGGCUCACAAGAAAACGAAAAAGUAUUUGAAGACAGAGCAAAGUGCAUCACUAAACGAUCUCGAAGAAGGGAAACACGUCAAAGAGGGAAAAUCGGGUUCCCUCGAAGAUCAUCUGAUAGAAGAUUCAAGAACGAUUCCAGUCUGGCUAGCGCUGCUAUUCUGUGUCAGCUGGAUAUGCGCAUGUGCGGCUCUGUUUCUUAUUUGGGAGAAACGGUGGACGUUCUUUACAAGCCUCUAUUUCUUCUUCAUCUCACUUUCGACGAUUGGAUUAGGUGAUGUUGUCCCUGACCAUCCUCAUAUGCUGAUAUUAAUGUUCUGGCUGGUAAUUAUUGGGCUUUCAAUUGUUUCUAUGCUACUCACUGUGAUCCAAAUCAAAUUUGAAGAAUGCCUUUAUAACUUCAUGAUUAGAAUGCAGGAAGAAUACCAACGAAAACUGGCCAAUGGAAUGCCGUUCGAUCAUGAAGAGAUUAAAAAGAAAGCGAUGGAGGACCAACCCCUUCUCAUGAAGCUUUUCGGUCCGGAUCUGAUGACCGAAGAACAGAAAGAAAAGAUCGAGGAUACGGCAGAACAAUUCGAGCGAAUUAUUCGAAUCACAAACAACAAAAACAUCCAGACGGAAAUGCCAGCUGUGUACGGUGCCGCAACCCAGAUUGACAACCUGGCAGCUGUGGGUCUUAUGUGA